AUUUCCAUUAAGAAGAUACCGCGAUCUGAGGCUUCUGUCGAGUUUUCUUCUCUAAGGGUAAGCGUUUGAAUCCAAAUUUUAAUUUUAAUUUUAGUUUUUCAAGAUAUUUUGCUGCGAUUGCUUGUUGAAUUUCGAUUCAGCUCUGUGAACAUUUGAAACAUCCUUUGCAGCAACUUUUUAUUCUUUUUGUGGUCAACUUUAUGUUCUGCGAUUUUCAAGUUGCAUCUUUAUCACUUGAUCUGUUAUUUGAGUUGAUGAGUUAACUUCUAUGAUAUCAGUUUCUGUGAGAUUGCAUAUGUAGCUCUCUCUCUCAAGCUUUUUUUAUAUGAUAAGAAGCUGUUGCAAAAGUGUGUCAAGAACAAAAUCACUUGUAUUCAACUGUUUAAUUUUAUUCUCUCCCGUUAUUACUAAUGACUUUUCUUCUGCGGGUUACCGUUAUAUGCUUCCUCAAUUUUUUUUUAUUUGGGAUCUGGUGUAAAAUUUAUUAUUCAUCUCCUGUUUAUGUAUUUUGGAGGUCUACUUGCAAUGGAGAGAAGAGUAAGGCUGCAACUUUUUCCAGAUUAUGAAUAUUCUGAAUUUUCAUAUCUAUUUUCAACUUUUUAAUAUUUGAUUAUUUAUAGUACAACAAAGAAUAUGUAAUAAUCAUGUGCAAUGGUAUAUAAUGUGUAUAAUCACCUCCGCCAGUUACUGACAACAAGUUCUUUCAUGUGCACAUCACCAGGCUCUAACAUAAAACAGUACCCUUCACAAAAAAAUGCUCCCUCCACGACAGCAGUCACGAGUUGGAGGACUACAAACAUCUCUGUCUCUAGUGUCAUCAGAUCCUCGUCUCUCGCCUGAGGAGCCAAGAUCAAACUCUGAUAAUCUCCGAGAAUCUCCUACUGAAAGUGCCAGUUCUCGAGAAACUUGGCCUGCUGCUGACGCAAUUGCUGCUAAGAAGAUGGAAAAUGGAAAAGCUGAGAUUGAUUGCCCUGAUCAGUCAGUUAUUCGUCGAGUUUCUAGUGCAGACAAAAUUAGUCUUCAGGACAUUGCAAGAGAAAAAGUUGAUAUAAUAUGUGGAAAAAUGCAUCAUUUGCCUGAGGAAUUUCUUGAAGAGCUGAAAAAUGGACUUCGAGUUAUCCUUGAAGGAGGGAAUGGCUCACAGCAUAGAGAUGAGUUUUUCAUUUUACAGAAGCUUGUUCAGAGUAGAUCUGAUUUAACAGCCAAGACAUUGAUAAGAGCACAUCGUGUACAGCUUGAAAUCCUUGUUGCCAUAAAUACUGGAAUUCAGGGAUUUUUACAUCCUAGCAUCAGCCUGUCACAGACUUCACUUAUUGAGAUAUUUGUGUAUAAAAGAUGCAGAAACAUAGCUUGCCAAAACCAGCUUCCUGCUGAUGAUUGUACCUGUGAGACAUGUGCCAAUGGCAAUGGUUUCUGCAAUCUUUGCAUGUGUGUUAUCUGCAGCAAGUUUGACUUUGAAGUAAAUACUUGCCGCUGGAUUGGAUGUGAUUUGUGUUCUCAUUGGACUCACACAGAUUGUGCCAUUCGUGAGCAACUUAUUUGCAUGGGCCCUUCUACAAAGAGUGGAGCAGGGCCAAGUGAAAUGGUUUUCAGGUGUCAAGCAUGCAACAGGACUUCAGAACUGCUGGGUUGGGUUAAAGAUGUCUUCCAACAUUGUGCACCAUCUUGGGAUGGGGAAGCCUUAAUGAGGGAACUUGAUUUUGUUAGUAGAAUCUUUGACGGUAGUAAAGACCCACGAGGGAGGAAACUCUUUUGGAAGUGUGAUGAUCUCAAGGAAAAAUUGAAAAGUGGAAAAGUGGAAUCUAAAGCAGCAUGCAGGGCAAUAUUGAUGGUUUUCCAAGAGCUGGAGUUGGACUCUCCAAAGAGCUUGGAAAAUGCAGAAAGUGGAAGGCUGAUUGCUCCUCAAGAGGCGUGCAAUAGAAUUGCUGAAGUGGUGCAUGAGGCAAUAAGAAAAAUGGAAAUAGUAGCUGAUGAGAAGAUGAGAAUGUGCAAGAAGGCUCGCUUGGCUCUUGAUGCUUGUGAUCGCGAAUUAGCAGAUAAGGCCAGAGAGGCGGGAGAACUGAAGAUGGUCCGGCAGGAAAAGAAGCUACAGAUUGAAGAACUGGAGAGAAUUGUGAGGCUUAAAAAUGCUGAGGCUGACAUGUUCCAGUUAAAGGCUAACGAGGCUAAACGGGAGGCUGAGAGGCUCCAGAGGAUUGCUCUUGCAAAGUCAGAUAAAUCAGAGGAAGAAUAUACUAGCAACUAUUUGAAACAAAGAUUAAGCGAGGCUGAGGCUGAGAAGCAAUAUCUGUACGAGAAGAUUAAAUUGCAGGAGACUUCUCGUGUAUCGCAGAGCAGUGGUGGGGGUGACCCCUCUUCGACACUGAUGUAUUCCAAAAUCCAUGAUCUUCUCUACAGUGUUCCCCCCAAGACAGACAGUCAAUCUAAUGAAUGCCACCCGUUUAGAACAAACCCUUGAGCACCAGUUCAGUGGAGUAUUGGAGUAUUUUGUAAUCUUUUACAUUUUAUAGAAAUUUCAUUCUGUUACUCAACAAAGAGUCAGUCUAAUUCCAUUAGGUUCGAGACAACAUAAGCCUUUGUAGAGGGAGGUGGUAAUGGUAAGGGCUUAAAUCAGUCUAAAAUUAGAUUUGUUCUAUGCAGUGUAUGUAUGAAUAUGCGAUUGUGCGAAUUUUUUAUUAUUGCUUGACUUGUGGAAUCUUAAUUAGUUGGUAAAUAUGUUUAACAUGUGGUGAGCUAUGUAGUCAUAUCUUCUGAUAGUUGGAUCAGGACUAGAGGCCAAAUAAAUCAUAAGGAAAGUAGAAGUGAUGUUAUAUUAUUGAUGAAAGUGCACGACAUUACAGCUGCAGGCAAGUAUUUUUCUAGCUUUACUGGAAAGGUGGGAUACUCAUCUUUUUGACAGAUGAGGCUAGGUUUGGCAUAUUACUGUUCUUUGGGGGAUCCUUAUGUUCUGGAGACCGGUGGAAGGGCACACUGUUGUCAAAUAUCAUUGCAGCACUGAUUCCGUGGCACCUUAUUAAAGAGCUUUGGCACACAUUUGGUGUGACAAUCCUUGCAUUGUUGACAAACAAGCCUGUUCUCCCACUGUUGGUGAUGCUGAUCACCCUACUUGGAACGCUAGAGGGAACUACAGAGCCAUUUGGAAAAUGUAAUAAAUGACUGAGCACUAAUGGUGUUGGAAUGGAAUGGCUGAGUAUGAAAUCAUGGAGCUGAUCUGGGAUUAUUGAGAACUGUGAUAGUUCUUCAUCAUUUGGCAUUAGGAAUGUCAAAUCAUUGUUUUGCAGGGAGUUGGGCUGGCUGUUGAGUAUUUUGAGGAGGAUGACAAAUCCAUAGUAAGACCGACUUCUCAUGUCAGCCAUGGCUGCCUGCAGGUCGGUUUGGUUGAAUGAUGAUGUGGACUGUGAUUCACCAAUUGCAAAGAGUGCAAGAAGGACAACAAACCAAAGAGCCAUUAGGGAAAAGACCAGGUUUUGCUUGAAUGUUUACUGUUUGUGUAGAGUGCAAUGAAAUCUCACUUUGAUUGAUUGGUAUUUAUAGCCACGUUAAUGUUUCACGCCUAUGUUGCCACACGUUUUCCCUUUCUAGGUAGGUAGGUGCCUAGGUGGUGGGCCGGUUGUGCAUGAAGAGGCCCUGAUCAUGUAGUAGUUAGUUCAGAAAGAUGAAAAUGCUUUAGAGGAUGGAGAACAAAAAUUAAUCAAUAAUGAAUCACUGUUGUUAAUUAUCCUAAAAGUUGAGCCCGAAUCUGCAUCUUAUUAUAACUUCACAUUUUUGUAUUUUACCUGAAUUGCACAUCAAGGAGUGAUCGUCAUGACUUCAAUCUCAAAAUUCAACAUACUCUAAUUAAUCAAGACCCAGUUUCUUAUUCUACUCUAAGCACGUAUAGGGAAAUAAGAAUAAAAAUUAUUUUGUGAGAGGAAUCAUAAACAGAUGAAAGGUGUGUUUGUUUGUUUCGCGGCCAACGGGAUUAAAAAUCACAGUUAUACUUUUUCAGGAAAAAGAAUCAUUGCGAAAGCAAUUCGUUGAGUUAAACAAUAAAGGGUCAAUGUCAUAUUUAUGUACCCAAAAAAGAGAUGGUCAAUGUCAUGUUAGAGGUAUCAGGCGAUUAUUCAGACAUCUACAGGACAUAGGUUUGUCAAAACUUAAGAGCUGAAACCUGAAAGUGAUACAAUUAAAUGAGCCUGCGUAAUAAGGUAGAGUUUUAUGUUGCAAUCAACCUACCUAUGCAAAUUGUAGGUACUGGUAGCAAUUGUUGUAUUAUGAGAAAUGAUAAAACUUAAAUGCAAUAUGAUAAAUAGUAUU